AUGCGGCCCCACAGCAGCUGUGUAAACAACGCCAAUAACACUAACAACACAAGAACAGCAACACCAACAGAGCUGCAAAGGAACGCCAUCACAUUGGAUUACGCGCAGUUUUAUCUUAGAGCGGUGCCAAUUAGUGGCCAACAGCAGCAACUACAGCAGCAGCAGCAGCAACAACAGCACCAGCAGCUCGUGCAGCAGCAGUUGCUGGCCCAGCAGCAGCAGCAACUGCAAAUCCAGCAGCUGCAGCAACAAUUGCUGCUGCAGCGACUUGAGCGGGAGUUGCAGUUGCAACAACAACAGCAUCAGCAGCAGCAGCAACAACAACAACAGCAGCAGCAGCAACAACAUUUGCUACAACAGCAGCAACAGGAGCAACAUCUGCAGCAACAGCAACUCCUCUACGCCCAUCGGCAGAGCUACACGCCCAUCAGGCAGCGUUGGCUGGCUGGCAGCCACUACGAGUACGUGGCCCCGUCCGCCCAGCAGCAGCAACAACAGCAUAUACAACAGCAACAACUAGCUCACCAGCAGCAACAGUACAGCUACUAUUUCAGCCGCGGCAGCACCAGCACCGGCAGCGGCCUGGGUCUGGGACUGGGCCUGGGAUUUGGUCUGGGCAGCGGCAACCUAGCCAGCUGGUACCACCUGCCCUCCACCUCGGCGCACAUCUAUAUCGGCACCACCAGCAGCAGUAGCAGCGGAGUCGGUGGCACAGGCGCUACUGGUGGCUCCACCUAUCCGUACUCCUACCGCAGUCUAGGCGGCUACUCCGGCGGCGGUUAUCCGGCGGCGGCCCUCAUCAACUUCGAUGCCUCGCCGACGCCCCUGCUAGCCUCAGCGGGCAGUUCGCCAGGCUAUCUGCCGCCACUACCCGUACCGGCGGUAUUGCCGCCGCCGCCCCCGGCGCCGAGUGUAGCCACCGACUACUACUUCAGCAGCCGGAGCACCCGCACGGUACCACCUCCGCCGCCGGCACCACCCACUCCGGCUGCAGCGGCAGCAGCAGCGGUAGCAGCAACAGCAGCAGCAGCGGCGGUCUCGACAGCAGCAAAAGCCGCGGCCAGACUAUCGCCGUUCCAGGACUACAACGCGGCGCAGGAGCUGCAAACUGGCUAUCACUAUAAGGCCACGCCCCGCAGGCGGUACGACGCCUACGACAACUACGGCUAUCUGCCGGGCUUCGCCAGCACCACCGAAGACGAGGAGGACCUGCUCGAGGAGUGUCUGCCGCAGGCGCUGCUAUCCACCGACUGCUCCAGUCUCGAGGAACUGCGCUUCUUCCAUCUGCAAGAGGAGGACGACGAGGACGAAGUUGAGGACGACGAGGUGGCCACGCAGCUGGCGCACAUACUUGAUUUGCCCGAUUUUCUUCAUCCCUACGGCGACAGCGGCCGGGCCAGCCUGCACAGCCACAAGACGCCGCCGCAACACGAGUUCCAGGCCCAGGAGCACGGCUCAGCGGCAACGGGGGGAGGAGCCGGAGGUACAGCAUCGGGAGGCGAAGUGGGAGGCGGUGGCCAGUCGCUGCGUGGCUCCGAGGAGCUGCGCUACCAGUCGUACCAGUACGAAAACCAACAUCAGCAACAGCAACACCAUCAGCAGCAACACCAUCGCCAGCAACAGCAAUCGUACUACCCGGAGCAACAGACUCCGCACCAGCAACACCAGCAGCAGCAGGCUUACCACUCCUACCAGUAUCCUUCGCAGGACAGCUGUGAAGGCUUCAAUCACUUCGCCACCAACGCGGGCAGUUGCCUGGGCAAUCAGAGAAUGAUGGUGAGCAAAUUGUGGAACAGCUGCUUCCCGGAGUUCACCCCGGACCAUGUGCACCGCCACAACUUCUAUCUGUGUCAGUGGCAGCGCAACACCCAGGUGCGUAUUGUGUACCUGUUCUACCGCUGGAUCACGGCCAUCACCUGCCUGGCGGCACUGGUCUGCUCCUUGCUGGACAUCGGGCGCACGGAGGAGCACUUCGAGCACCACUACGCCAAGUGGUGGAUCUACUUGACCCACUGGGGCCUGCUCUUCUGCACCGUGCAGGCCUGGCUGGCCGCCUGGAUAGUCACUCAGGGAAUGAUGGUGGAGCGGGAGGACUUUGAGAUCGUGCGCCAGGCGAAGAAGAGCCGACUGCACCACCUCUACUGGGUGCUAUAUACCUGUGCCACGGUCUAUGCGUUCAUUGUCACCAUGUGCUAUUGGCUCCUUGUCCACAACCCAGAAAUCCACAAGAUUGAUGCUUUGAAUAUUAUGGUCCAUGUGCUCAACUCUAUUAUAAUGCUCAUUGACUUGGCCAUUGUGGGGCAUCCGAUUAAGAUGAGCCACGCCUACUUUACAACUGGAAUUGGUCUGGCUUAUGCCAUAUUUACGGGAAUUUAUUUUUUGGCUGGAGGCACUGACAGAAAAAACCAAACCGCCAUCUAUCCGAUGAUGGAUUGGACCAAGCCGGGCAAGGCGAUCAUUGUGACGGCCUGCGCCAUAAUCUUCACCUUCUUUGUCCACUUCUGCUGCUACCUUCUGUACCGCGGCCGCGUCUGGCUCUUCACCAAGCUGUGCAUCCGUGGACGGCACAACAGGGACGGGGAAAUGGGCGAGGGUCUCAACGACGACUCCGGAUCGCGGAUGGGUGGAGGCGGUGGCAUUAUGGGCUCCGGUGGCGGUGGCGGCGGGGCAGCUGGUGGCUCGGUGGGUGCCGCUGGCGCUUUGGGCAGCAGCCAGGAGUACGCCCAUCAGCAGCAAUACCCCAUUGCCCACACGGAGCAGCCGCGGGCGGGCAGCAACCAACAGCAGCAGCAGCAACCGCCGGGCAGCUACCAGCUGCCGCCGCAAUAUUCCGGGUAUCUGCAACAGCCUGUGGUCGCCGGAGUGAAUGUGGGCGUGAUAAGCGCCGAGGGCGUGUACCAGCCGAUUGGUACGGACACUGGACGCACCAGCGGAGGUGGCAGUGGCAGUGGCGAUGGCAAGCACAAGUCUUCCUCGGGUAGUGGACAGGGAGCCGGAUCGGGAUCUGGUUCGGGCUCGGCCUUGACGCGCACCGUGGCCCAUUUGGAGGCGUCGCAGCGGGAGCAGUUCCUCAACCCCAACAAGAUCGUCGAGUACAAGAUGUAAAGGCGUUGCACCCGGCACCGGUAUACGUUCCACUUGUCCAUGAAGUUUCUGGAGAAGCACUGUGCCCAGUGCGAGGCGACGCGCAGCGCCAUUAGCGAGGAGCAGCGCCACCUCCGCGCCUGAGUCCAGUGGUUAGAGUUUUAGAAUUGCUUUUGGGAGGGGCGUCUCGUGGCGCCUCUCCGAAUAUGUGUCUCUGCCAGGACGAAUCGAUUGGUUGGAUCGAUUCGGAUCAGUAUUGCACUUGGUAAUGAUAAUUUUUUUUGUGCGUUGGCAAAGUAGUUUGUAACCGUAGUUUCGUAAUUUUGUAAAAGCUUUGCCAAUUUUUGUACGUGUGUAGAUGCUUCUCGUUGUCAGUGUGCUGGCGCGCACUUGUAGCAUAAAAUAAGUUUAGAAAGAUUAGAAAAGUUCCUUUUUAACAAGGCAUUACCGACUACCGUUGAGUAUAGCCAACUGUAGUCCUUUUUGGCAAGUCCUUUCGAGAAUUUUAAAACGUUUUAAUGGACUAAGUUGAACCACAACAAGUAUUAACACUCGCAAUAGUUUAUUUGAAGCUCAGUUUUUAGUCUCGUCUUAACGCAAUUGUGUUCAAAAAACCGUUCAAGUUAUUUUCGGCCCAUUACGAACAGCAACAGCAACAAGCUAUAGAAAAAAAAAACAUACUGCCUAAAAUGAUUUAAUUUAAGUAUUUUUUACAUAGCUAAUUUACCAUUAAUCCCAUUAAAUUUUAAAUAUCGGUGCAGGUGUAAGGCCAACCAUCCAAGGCCCAACCUUCCAAGGGGCAGUACUUCCAACUCCAAAAACUAGGAACACUUGGAUGGGAUUGCUCCUGGACUGUUGGGCCUUGGUGGGACUUGGCAAACUAAAUUGGCAGUUUUUAUGAUGAAGCUUGAAAGCACUAAACCAAAUAUAGAGAAAAGCAUUAAUUUUAGGAUAUGCUUGGCAUUGAUUUGCUUAGUAAUUAGUGUAUUGAUAUAAUAUAAUACUUUUAUUUGUACGGAUAUUUUCCCCCAGCGGAAUGCUCCUGGAACACUCUAAUAAACAUUAUUCUACAAAGCACGACCUUAUAUUACAAAUAAUAUCCGAAUUAAAGAUUUUAGCAUAUUAUCUUCGAAAGUAUAUGGCUGAAAUGAUUACUUUUUGCUCAAAACCAAAUGGCCCGAAGGCCAUUCUACCCCUUGACCCGAAAAAGGCUCAGAUGUUUUCCUUUUGUUGGUUUCUGCAUGUGACUGGGACAGCUACCACAAUUAAUUACUAUGGAUUAGAUUAUAAAGCAAGCUUAAAUAAAAUAUACAUGCCUAUGUGUAUUUAUAUGUAUGUAAAUAGUUGUUUUCGUCUAUGUUGAUCGAAUUCUAUCUAUAUUCAAAGGCAUAAGCAAACCAGUUAAGGAAAUAGUUCAACAAUGGUAAUGGUAUAGACAUCUUGAAAGAAAAAACUAACAAAAAUCAGAAGCCAUAUAAGAAUAAAAACCAAAAACCAAAUGCAAUGAAUAAAACUCGUCAAGAGGAAUGUGUUAACAAAAAAGCUAAACAAAAUAUCCAAAAAUAUUUAAUGAAAUAUACAGAAACAAGUGCAACUAGCAUGCCCUAACUAGACCUAUACAUUCAUCCAUACAACACUUGCAUUAUUGAGAACACUUUAAGAUCCAUUGAUUUUUUAUAGAUUUACAUGAAACUCACCCGACGUAGAACAGAUUAAAAGCAGGCCUUUAUUUCACCAUUUCUAUAUGAUUUGAUUCGAGUUCUUUUAGAGAAAUUUUACCAGUUUUGGUUGGGAAACUGAAAAUGAGCAUCGUUUUUGAGUCAGUUUCGCAUGAAUCUCCCGAUUUGUUUUUUCGAAAUUUAGCAUAAAUGUAUAAAUGAAUGUUUAUAUAGACUGAAUAUUAUUAAAAUAAAUGAGAAAACGAUAAAUAUAUGACAAAGAAAGUAUUUAACAUCUAACAGAAAAUGAUUAAACCUUUUUGGAAUUGUAAAAAUAUAAACCAAAACCAAAUAAUGCAAGAGUUCAUAUUAACCACUAUAUAAAAACUAAAAUAAAAAAUUAAAAAAGCAGUAAACACAUAUCAACAAUUAGACAAAAUCACCCAAAAAACCAAAGUCAUUCUAGUAAAUGAAAAAAAAAGAAAACCAAAUGUUUCAAAAUCAAAUCAAAGUUGACCUCAUCAAGAACCACACUGAACAAAAAACCAAGUAAGGAACAAAACUUGCAUCAAGAAAUAUGAAUAAAUGUUAAACAAUCAUUACAAAGUAUAUGUGUAUAUGCAGAAUACUAUAUUUAAAAAAAGAGAGAACAAAAAUAUUAAAAUAUUAUAUUUUGUAGAUUUUUAGUAACCUAGAAGAGAUCGAUUACAAGAACAUAAAACCAAAGUCUCAACAUAGAUGCAUAUAUAUACAAAAAAAAAACAAAAAAAAAAUCAAAGAUAUGUAUCCCAACUAUAUACAUCCCUCAUACCUAUAGACAUACCUAUGCGUAGCCCAGCAUUGUGUACCCGAGAGUUGGUAAUUAGAGUUGAAAUUGUUGAUUGAACAAAUAUGGAAAUGGAAAAGCUUUAAGAAAACCCAAUCGAUUGGACGAUAACCUUUAUACACUGCAACGUGUUGGCAGUGUAGUUGCUCAGUCGAGUUUUUAGCAAGGAGUUGGCUCAACAGGUCCUAGAUCCCAUGACAAGCUCAACAAAAUUCAGUAUACAACAGAAAUCAAAAUGUUAUUUUACAAAGGCACCCCAAUAAAAAACAAAUAAGAAACCAAAUAUAUAAAAAACUGCAUGUGUUGUUGACGAAAUUAAAUUUCAAUGUAAUUGUGAAAUUUGAAUAGAAUUAUAAACAACAGGCAAACUUGUUUACUUCAAAAGUAUUUCUGCGCAUUUAAGCAAAACCGUAAAACAUUGCUGCAUCCAAAGUUUUACGAAAACAUUAAUUGAAAAAGGGGAUUCCCAUGAAUCCAAGCAAGAAGAAAGGGUUCAGAGAUCAUGCGAGUGUAAGAGCAAAAAAUGGCAAGCAUUUUAACAGAAGCCUAGCAAAAGCUAAACUAUUAUAUUACCAAAAACCAGAAAUCGAAGAAUAUAAUAAAUACAAAUUUAUUAGCUUACGUGCGAAUGCAUGUUUGUACAUGUGCGUGCAUGCAUAAUAUAAUAUAUAAUAUUAUUAACAAAUUAUUAUGUAUUUCAAGCAAAGAAUUGUGAAUUAGUAAUAAACCAAAGUAAAAUGUCAAGCAAAAUGGUAAAUAAAAACGUACA